CUCCCUCCCCCGCGGCGAAGGACGGAGGAAAACCCCGCGCAGAGCCCCGCAGGCUGAGGUCUAUCAGACCCCGGACCCGCAGGAUUAGCGGCUCACCUUCACCCGGCAGAACCGGCAGCACCGCUAUCCUAGCCCGUUAGCUCACCGGCUAACUGCCCUAAUGUCCGAGCUGGAGGCUAACCGGCGCCUGUCAAUGACCUCUGAGACAGUGUCUGUCAGCGCAGCAGCACCAAAACACAGCGGAGAACUUCCCAAACUUUGAUUCAGUUUUUUAAUUAGUUCAUUUUAAACCGGGUUAGUUCUGUGUGCCCUGAAAGAGUCUGUGCUGGUCAAGAAUCAGACAUGAAGGUGGUUGUAAGGAGGGCUGACCCUACAGAGCUCAGAGCUAUUUUCCUGAAGUAUGCCAGCAUUGAGAAAAAUGGGGAACACUACAUGUCUCCAGAGGACUUUGUGUCCAGGUUUCUCCAUGCACACACCAACAUCAGUCUGUCCAAAGAAGGCACAGCUUUGCUGGCGGGUGUUGUGAACCAGACCAAAAAUGGGCUGAUCUCCUUUCAGGAGUUUGUGGCCUUCGAGUCCGUCCUGUGCGCACCAGAUGCUCUCUUUAUGGUCGCCUUCCAGCUGUUUGACAAAACUGGCAAUGGAGUGGCCACCUUCGAGGAUGUGAAACAAGUGUUUGGACAGACCACUAUUCACCAGCACAUCCCCUUCAACUGGGAUUCUGAGUUUGUUCAGCUUCAUUUCGGCAAAGACCGGAAGAAACACCUCAACUAUGGAGAGUUUACACAGUUUCUUCUGGAGAUGCAGUUGGAGCAUGCCAGACAGGCGUUCGCUCAGAGGGACAAGGCCAGGACUGGAGCCAUCUCUGCGCUGGACUUUAGGGACAUCAUGGUCACUAUCAGACCUCACAUGCUCACGUCGUUCGUGGAGGAGUGCUUGGUGGCAGCGGCCGGUGGCAGUACCUCGCACCAGGUCAGCUUCUCCUACUUUAAUGGCUUCAACUCUCUGCUCAACAACAUGGAGCUCAUUAGGAAGAUCUACACCACCAUGGCAGGACAUCGCAAAGAUGUUGAAGUCACUAAAGAGGAGUUCAUCAUUGCCGCUCAGAGGUUUGGUCAGGUGACCCCAAUGGAGGUGGACAUCUUGUUCCAUCUGGCUGACCUGUCUGAGGCGCGCGGCCGCGUUGGUUUAAUGGAUAUCAGCAAGAUUGCACCUCUGGAGGAGGGAGCCCUACCUUACAAUCUUGCAGAACUCCAGAGACAGCAGUCCGGUGGGGAGGUGUCUCGCUCUGUAAUGGUCCAGAUAGCUGAGUCUGCUUACAGGUUCACACUGGGCUCGGUGGCUGGAGCUGUGGGAGCCACAGCAGUGUACCCCAUUGACCUGGUGAAGACUCGCAUGCAGAACCAGCGCUCCACCGGCUCCUUCGUGGGAGAGCUGAUGUACAAGAACAGCUUUGACUGCUUCAAGAAGGUGGUGCGCUACGAGGGCUUCUUUGGCCUCUACAGAGGCCUGGUACCGCAGCUUCUGGGCGUGGCCCCCGAGAAAGCCAUAAAGCUUACAGUGAAUGACUUUGUGAGAGGCAAAACUAUGCAGAGAGAUGGAACAGUUCCCCUGCCAUAUGAAAUCCUAGCUGGUGGAUGUGCUGGAGGCUCACAAGUGAUCUUCACCAACCCGCUGGAGAUUGUGAAGAUCAGGCUGCAGGUGGCAGGAGAGAUCACUACAGGGCCACGCGUCAGCGCUCUCUCAGUCAUCCGUGACCUGGGCUUCUUCGGCCUUUACAAGGGUGCGAAGGCCUGCUUCCUGAGAGACAUCCCCUUCUCGGCCAUCUACUUCCCCUGCUACGCACAUCUCAAAGCGGGCCUGGCUGACGAGGACGGGCGGGUGGGGCCUGGCAGGCUUCUGCUGGCCGGGGCGGUGGCGGGCAUGCCUGCAGCAUCCCUGGUGACCCCUGCUGAUGUUAUCAAGACCAGGUUACAAGUGGCAGCCCGUGCAGGCCAGACUACCUACAAUGGUCUCAUUGACUGUUUCUGGAAGAUCAUGAAGGAGGAGGGACCUCGUGCUUUCUGGAAAGGAGCUGGAGCGCGAGUAUUCCGCUCUUCACCUCAGUUCGGCGUUACGCUGGUGACCUACGAGCUGCUGCAGAGGUGGUUCUACGUCGACUUCGGCGGACAAAAGCCAUCUGGCUCGGAGCCACUGCCUAAGUCUCGCAUCAGCCUCCCGGCGCCCAACCCCGACCACAUUGGUGGCUACAGGUUGGCCGUGGCUACGUUCGCUGGCAUCGAGAGUAAAUUUGGACUGCAUCUACCCAGAUUUCAAGUUACUGGCACCCCCAGUGCGGACCACCCUUGAGGCAAAUCUGCCCACCUGUGGGUGGCAGUAGUGUGCAUUAGGUUGUACUGAAACACAAACACAAAUAUACACACAUAGAAACUAACUCUUGAUCUAAAAAUGCUUGAUCUUCCUUCUCACUUCAGAUGUCCCAGACGUGGAGCUUGCUCUACUCUAGCAGUGUGAAUAAUGGCUUGUAGUAAAGCAUAGUGGAUUUAACAUGGAGCACAAUGUUUUAAAUGCUGCUGUUCCAGUUCUUCACUGGGGGCUUUAGUGUGUAUAUAGUGAUUCAUGUGUAUUAAAAUGUAUAGAAUGUCUGCUAUUAUUCUGCACAUUUUUCUACCGUCACGUAGAGGUAGUAGGGCAGACACAAAUUAGUGUAAUGAUUUAAAAAUAAUCCAUAACAAAUGAACACACAGACAUCAGACAGUGAUUUAAAGGAUACGUAGUUCUGUGUAAUAGCACAAUCAUACCAGCUGUGUGAAUAAAAAGACAUAUUUUUAUAUAUAUCUCUUAUGUAUUAACAGUUCUGUUACUUCAAAGCACUUGAAUUGUUACCUGGUGCUGGUCCUGGAGUUGCCUUUUAUUCUGCAUAUGAUCUGCUUUAACUAGCCCAAACAUCCCACCUCUCAUGGUAGUUUUGGGAACCUCCUGCAAAUUGAUAGCCGCUAAAUACACCCACAAGUGUGCUAACUCUUGGAUGUCCUGUAUUUUAAUUUUUUUUUUUUUUUUGACAGCCAGAGAGCAUAUGGGUGAGUGACCGAUUUUCGCAAGAGGGUGACACACAGAGAGCAUCCUGAUUGAUCUGCUGAUUUGCUUAGUAGCAGGGAUGCUACCUCCUUAAAAUUGGGAUAUUCUCAAGUUUGAAGUGUGUGUGUUAGAGCAGGGUGAACAGUAAAUUCAGCCAAUCACAGGCUACCUUCAGGACCAGCCUUGAGUACUUGUAAGGAAGUCCAGUAAUGUAACUGCUGCUAAGGAAAGGGUUACUCAUGAAGUCAUGUACAGUUUUAGGCACAGGAUUUACCUAGUGUUAAAUUGCACUAUUAAGGGUUGCACAACUUUUCUUUGUUUUUUAGUCGACUGAUGUUCGAGGUUGACGAUGUAUAGGCUUUAAACUAAUUCUCACACGUCUGACAGCUGGUCAUCAUCAGUGAUGAGUCUUUGAUUUGGUGAGUCACAUGUGCAGAAGGCCUGGUGUCAUGGUAUGGGAUGCAGUUUUGUAUAAUGCCAGAUCACCUUUAGUCUUCAGUGUUAAAUAAAUUAGGUCCUGCAUCCAGUCCCCAACACACAAUCUGGUGCACUAUUCCAACAGGAUAAUGCUCGUCCAUAUACUGCUGCCAUCUCAACAGCUUGCCUUGAAGACACAGAUACUAUGGCAUGCCCAGACCUAUCUCUGAUUAUGAGUAAGAGCAAAGUUAUCGUUCCAUAUUUUUGUGGUUGGGUUUCUAAUGGAUCAGUGUUUGUUAAUUGCUAUGUUAUCAACAUCAGGAUUGUAGCAUCAGUGCCUGCUAAGCUGUAAUCGAAUGUUCUGUGCAACCCCUAGUCUUAACAGGGCUGAUAAUAAUAUUUUUCUUUGUGUUAACACUAAAACUCAUUCUGCAAUGUUGUUGAUGUUUGCAUUAAACCAAGCAGAUGCAAAGACUAUGUCUUAAAUGUCA